AUGGUGCUGGAAAGUACAAUAAUCUGCGUUGACAACAGCGACUACAUGCGCAAUGGGGACUUUGUUCCCACUCGCAUGCAAGCCCAGCAAGAUGCCGUCAACCUUGUUUGCAUGUCCAAGACGAGAUCAAACCCAGAAAAUAAUGUCGGCCUUUUGAAGAUGGCCAACGCUGAAGUCCUCGUAACCUUGACAUCUGAUGUGGGGCGCAUUCUGGCUCGUCUACACCAGGUCCAGCCACAAGGCCAGAUCAAUUUUGUGACUGCAGUUCGAGUCGCUCAUCUGGCACUGAAACACAGGCAGGGUCGCAAUCAUAAACUUCGUAUUGUUGUAUUUGUGGGCAGUCCAAUUGAAAUAGAUGAGAAAGAGAUUAUUAAAGUUGCCAAGAGGCUUAAGAAGGAAAAGGUUAACGUAGAUGUUGUCAACUUUGGAGAAGAGGCCAUUAACACAGAUAAGCUGACUGCUUUUGUGAAUGCCAUUAAUGGAAAAGAUGGAACAAGCUCUCACUUGGUGACUGUACCCCCUGGGCCCAUGCUAUCUGAUGCUCUGCUGAGCUCCCCAGUGAUUGUCGGAGAAGAUGGCGCCGGCGCUAGCAUGACAGGUGCUGGCUUUGAGUUUGGGGUGGAUCCAAAUGAAGAUCCCGAGCUUGCAUUGGCUUUGCGUGUAUCAAUGGAGGAGCAGAGGGCCCGACAGGAAAAGGAGAUACGGGAAACUGCGGUUGCCACAACUGGAGAGGCGGCAGCAGUCACAGCAGCCUCCGUGGAAGAGGAGCAGUUGCAACGAGCUCUGGGAGGUUCACUGGUCCCAGAUGCAGCUGUAUCAGUUCCACCAACUACGGGAUCUUCUGCUGUGGAUUUUGCUGCGAUGACUGAAGAGGAACAGAUUGCCUACGCCAUGAAAUUAUCAAUGGAGACAGGCGGUGAAGAUGAUGCUCCAGCACCAAUGGAAACUGAUGAUGGCGAGGCCUCUGCUAAAGUGGAACAGAAAAAGGAUGAGGAAGAGGACUAUUCAGAAGUAAUGGAUGAUCCUGACUUUCUGCAGAAUGUUUUACAAAGUCUGCCUGGAGUAGAUCCCAAUAGUGACGUCAUCCAGAACGCAAUGAGAAGUAUAGCCGAUUCAAAAAAGGACAGUAAAAAGGAUGAGAAAAAACCCAAAUGA